GCUCCAGCCGGUCUGAACUCCGCAGCAAGAAGAAUUGGCCGAGAUCAUAUACAUUUAGUUAAGCACGAGAUUUGGCAUCAACAUCACCCAGUAUUUAGGUCGACGAAAAGAAGCACUAUUGAUGUCUUAUCUUAGGCUGUUGCUGAACUGAGAAAAAGAGAGAGUGAGAACGAGAAGGGAAGAUUUUUGGAGCAGUGAUGGAAGAACUCACCGCCUUUGUGUCUAAGUCUUUUGAUCAGAAAGUAAAGGAGAAGAAGGAGGUGAUAACGUACAGGGAGGUGCUGGAGACCGGAUCGGUGCGAGGCAGGGAAGCGGUCUCCGCUGAGCCGAAUCGCGAGGAGGUGAACGCUAUUGCCCGAGGAAGUGCGCGAUCGCCCGGCAGAGAACAGGACAUGCUUGGGCCAGAGAGGACCAGGGAUACGGGCAGUCCAAAACUCCUUGACGGUAACACGGAUAUGAAAGAACGAAAGGAAGACUCCAAGCCGAUGGAGGACGAGACACAGACCAAGAUCAAACAGAGGAGAAGUCGGACUAACUUUACUCUGGAGCAACUGAACGAACUGGAGCGGCUAUUCGAUGAGACCCAUUACCCAGACGCCUUCAUGCGCGAGGAGCUGAGUCAAAGGCUGGGACUCUCUGAAGCGCGAGUGCAAGUUUGGUUUCAAAACCGGCGGGCCAAAUGCAGAAAGCAGGAGAAUCAAUUACACAAAGGGGUACUCAUCGGCGCGGCGAGUCAGUUUGAAGCCUGUCGCGUAGCGCCAUAUGUCAACGUGGGAGCGCUGCGGAUGCCAUUCCAACAGGAUAGUCAUUGCAACGUGCCGCCCUUCUCCUUUCAGGUCCAGGCGCAACUGCAGUUGGACAGCGCAGUGGCCCACGCGCACCAUCACCUGCACUCUCACCUGGCAGCGCACGCACCUUACAUGAUGUUCCCUACUCCGCCAUUUGGGUUGCCUUUGGCUACGCUCGCGGCGGAAUCUGCCUCCGCAGCUUCGGUUGUGGCCGCUGCCGCGGCCGCAAAAAACACCAACAAAAACUCAAGCAUCGCAGACCUCAGACUCAAAGCCAAAAAGCACGCCGCAGCCUUGGGACUGUGACAUGAGGGGACGCGUUUUAAAAAUGUCUUCAACAUUGACUGAGAUUCAGGACCUGAUAAACAAAACAGAAGGCGUACAAAGAAAAGGAAGGACCCUAUUUCUGCUUUUUAAAAUGAAGGACAAAGAUGUAUAAGAAAACUAUAAAGAUAGACUAUUUAUAAAAAGACAACUAACUGUUCGAAAUUAAUGAUGGAUCCCGAGCAAGUGGAAGGGAAUUGAUGUAUUCAAAUAAAUUCAUGAUCCAACGUGUGAAAAAAGCGGGACGGAGGAUAAACAUCUACGGAGGAGAAGGGAAGUCUUUAAGAACAAGAUUAUACCGCGAGUUUGGGAUGACGCAGCUGGGAUGUUCCGCUUUUUGUGUGACAAAGCGAACUAUUCUGCGCAGUUAUUAUUUGAUUUAAAAAACGGAGGCUGGCCUCAUUUUAUUCGGACUCUGUGCCACGGUUUCCCUGAAUGAGGAAACUAUGGAUAUUUGUUGAAAAUAGACACAAUAUAGGAGGUAAUAUUCUCUGAAACCUCUAAAGGUGUUUGCAUGAAUUUCUUUCUUCACGGAUGACGAAAAUUAAGUCAGUUAAAUUCCAUACCCUCCCUUUUUUGUGGACGGCUGUCAUUCGGCAGUAUAAAUUGAACAAGCAGCCACUUGAGAAUUAGGGGUCUGGAGCUUAGUGUUGGGCAUCCGGGGUUAUGUCGGGAAGACUAGAAUGACAUCCAGAGAUUUUAAUUAAUAUUGACUAUAUGGUAAAUUCACCUAAUUUAUCGGGUUCAUGUUCAGGUAGUUUCCUUAUUUCCAGUUAACAACACCCACUUAAGUCCACAUUUCAGAAAUGUAUUUUUUUUUUAAAACUUUGAAAUAAGA